CCCCUUCGCUGCUUAUACUCCUUACGCGCCGGCCUCAAAAUGGCCGCCUUCUGGCGUCUCUGGCGCUGUUGAAUGGAGAAAGCUUUAUUGUUCCCUUCGGGCAGGAGUGUUCGUGUCCUCUAUGGCGCUGUCAAUAAAGAACGGCAGUUUGAAUCGGUGCUGAACAGGGUUGACAACUAGACCUUUUGGCAAAUUAAGUUCAAGCCAUCAAGGGAAGUCUCUUGGCAGCCAGCCAGCCAGCCAGCCUGUUCCAGCGGCACUCUUUCCAGAUACACAUCUCCAUCCAUCUUUCAGCAGAGACCAGCAAAAGAAAUACGGCAUCUCAAAUGCAGGUGCUCCUGUCAGGCCAGCCAGCAGCCAUCUCUGUGGAGAGCGGUUGAGGAGUGAUAACACUAAACCCAGAAAUCCUGUCAAGCCUAAGAGAGGGUUCCUGGACCGACAGUAUCCAUAUCACCUGGAGCUUAUUAGAAAUGGAGAAUUCAGGCCCCACCCCAGAACUUCUGGAUCAGAUUCUUUUCUUUCGACAGGAUCCCAGAGGGACGUUGAACUUCUACGAAUACAGACUUUAGAGCCUGGCUGCCUGAGUUUGGACCCCAGCUCUGCCACACAUUAGUGUAAACCCUAGUAGCAGGAGAUAGGAAUUCCAGGCCUGCCCCUGCCACUGCUGUUAGUGAGACAGCACGGAUCCCGCCAGGGUGGGUUCUGGAAGGAGAGGGGGCGAGACGUCAUCAGGGUGGAGCGGAGGCGAUGGAGCUCCCCGACUACAGCCGGCAGCUGCUGCGGCAGCUCUACACUUUGUGCAAGGAGCAGCAGUUCUGUGACUGCACCAUUUCCGUCGGUACCAUUUACUUCCGGGCCCACAAGCUCGUCCUGGCUGCGGCCAGCCUCCUGUUCAAAACCCUGCUGGACAACACAGACACCAUCUCCAUCGAUGCGUCCGUGGUGAGCCCCGAGGAAUUUGCCCUCUUGCUGGAAAUGAUGUACACUGGCAGACUACCUGUGGGCAAGCACAACUUCUCCAAAAUCAUCUCUCUGGCCGACAGCCUCCAGAUGUUCGAUGUGGCCGUGAGUUGUAAAAAUCUUCUGACCAGCCUUGUGAACUGCUCUGUUCAGGGUCAGGUGGUGAGAGAUGUCUCGGUACCCUCCUCAGAGGCAUUCAGGAAGGACCCGGAGAAGCCUGAAGUAGAAAUCCUUGCCUCUGAGGGCGCUGGAGAGUCUCGUCCUUCCCUGGAGGCUUCUGCCCCUCCAGGCGGCCCUGUGAAAGCCGAGACUGAGGACGCAGUCCAUACGGUUACACGAGAGAUGGGUGUGGGGCCUUCCACUGCCCAGGAGAUGCAGGGGAGCACAGACACCCCGGCAGAGAUUCCUCGUCCAUCUGAAGUUUGUUCCCCCUCCCCUGCUGUACCAGCCUUCAGUGAGGCAAAGGAGGCAAGCACAGAGCCAGAGUAUGAGAAGAAACACCAUCGGCUGAGUUUUCUUCUAGAGAAUGAAAGUGUCUUCUCUGACGCGCUCUUGGUCACCCAGGAUGUGUUAAAAAGACUAGAAGAAUGUUCAGAAAUUACAGGUGUUCAGGAGGAGACUAUAAUGGGAUGUCUUGAGGGUGAAGAAGGACAUUCAGCAUUCCAGAGAAUCCUGGAUAAAGUAAGAGACGAGAGCCUGGAUGUUCAGACUGUUGUGUCGCUGUUGAGGCUGUACGAAGAUUCCAAUCCCGCGGUAAAGGCAGCAUUGUCAUGCAGAAAGCCAGAUGUCAACAUGGUACAGCCAAAAGGGAGCACAGAGGAGGGAAAGACCUUGUCUGCUCUGUUACUAGAACACAAAGAGGACCUGAUCCAGGGUGUCACACAGCUGAGACCUAUCCUGGAGUUCCUGGAAACAGCCAAGGAGGAAUUCCUGACUGGCACUGAGAAAAGGGUGAUCCUGAAUUGUUGCGAGGGCGGAACACCCAAGGAGACGGUGGAGAAGCUGCUGCACAGAAUGUCUGAAGACAAGACUCUGACUGCAGAGAGUUUGCUAAAGCUCCUUCAGGCUGUGAAACCGACGUCCCCAAACUUGGGCCUUCUGCUGGAGAAUUUGCAGAGAUUAGCCACCUCGCCAGGCACCACAGUCCAAGCAAACCCUGAUGAUUAUGGGACCGAGCUGUUGAGACGGUAUCAUGAAAACCUCUCGGAGAUUUUCACAGACAACCAGAUAUUACUAAAAAUGAUCCCACACAUGAAGGGUUUAGCCCGUGGAGAAAGAGAGGUCAUGGAGAAACUCGUGAAACACGACUCUGGCUCGGGUGGUUUCAGUUCUCUGAUGUCAGCAGUUCUGGAAAAGCAGACUCUCCCUGCAACAGCCAUUUGGCAACUGCUGCUGGUGGCCCAGGAGACCAAGACCUGCCCGCUAAACCUGCUCAUGGAGGAAAUACGAAGGGAGCCUGGUGCCGACGCCUUCUUCCGGGCAGUGGCCAGCCCAGAAAGUGCGGCCUUGGAAGCCAUCCUGAGGCAUCGCGGACUGAUCCUAGAGGCCAUCCAACAAGGGACGGGACUCAAGGGCUUUACUGCAGAGGAGGAACAGCUGGCAGAGGCUCUGAAGGAGAUUCUGAGCAUUUCCUCUGAGACAGCCAGCCCUGAAGCUUCCCUGAAAGUAGUGCUGAGCAGAGCCGUGGAAAAAUCUGUCUCGGCCAUUGAAAUAUGUCACCUCCUGUGCAGCGUCCACAGAUCUUUCCCAGGCCUGCAGCCAGUCAUGCAUGAGUUAGCAUACACUGGCUUCCUUACUCAGGAAAGUGGAGGGAAGGAAAGAUGGAAGGUGAGCACUAAAUUUCACCGGGAAGCCAACGACAGAACAGAUGAGAAGGUAGCCGAGCCGGCGGAGGAAGGCUGCCAGUCUGGGAGACCGAGCAGUCAAGGAGAGACCGGUUCCUUGCUAGAACAACAAGAGAAAGACGUGUCUGCCUCCCCCGACUCUGCCAAGAAGAGCUUCGUCUGCAAGGCCUGCGACAAAAGCUUCCAUUUCUACUGCCGUCUAAAGGUGCACGUGAAGCGCUGCCGGGCGGCCAAGAGCAAACAGGUGCAGUGUAAGGAGUGCAGCGAGACCAAGGAUUCUAAGAAGGAGCUGGAGAAACAUCAGCUGGAGGCCCAUGGUGCCGGAGGAGAGCCCGAUGUCCCAAAGAAGAAGAAGAAGAGGCUGCCAGUGACGUGUGACCUCUGUGGCAGAGAAUUCGCCCAUGCCUCAGGCAUGCAGUACCACAAACUGACCGAGCACUUCGACGAGAAGCCUUUCUCCUGUGAAGAGUGUGGGGCCAAGUUUGCAGCCAAUUCUACCCUGAAGAACCACCUCCGCCUUCACACGGGGGACCGCCCGUUCAUGUGCAAGCACUGCCUCAUGACCUUUACCCAGGCUUCUGCCCUGGCCUACCACACCAAGAAGAAGCACUCGGAAGGGAAGAUGUACGCCUGCCAGUACUGUGAUGCCGUGUUCGCCCAGUCCAUUGAGCUGUCCCGCCACGUGAGGACCCACACCGGGGACAAGCCGUAUGUCUGCAGGGACUGUGGCAAGGGCUUCCGGCAAGCCAACGGCCUGUCCAUCCACCUGCACACCUUUCACAACAUAGAAGAUCCGUACGACUGCAAGAAGUGCAGGAUGAGCUUCCCCACUCUGCAGGAUCACCGCAAGCACAUCCACGAGGUGCACUCCAAGGAGUACCACCCCUGCCCCACGUGUGGGAAGAUCUUCAGCGCCCCCUCUAUGCUGGAGCGGCACAUGGUGACCCACGUUGGAGGGAAGCCCUUCAGCUGUGGGAUCUGCAACAAGGCCUACCAGCAAUUGUCUGGUUUGUGGUACCAUAAUCGGACCCACCACCCUGAUGUGUUUGCCGCUCAGAACCAUCGAUCUUCCAAAUUCUCGUCACUCCAGUGCAGCUCCUGUGACAAAACCUUUUCCAACACCAUUGAACACAAGAAGCACAUCAAGGCAGAGCAUGCAGAUAUGAAGUUCCAUGAAUGCGACCAGUGUAAGGAGCUCUUUCCCACACCAGCAUUGCUACAGGUUCACAUCAAGUGCCAGCAUUCAGGUUCCCAGCCAUUCAGGUGCUUGUACUGUACAGCCACCUUCCGCUUCCCGGGCGCGCUGCAGCACCACGUCACCACAGAGCACUUCAAGCAGUCAGAGAGCACGUUCCCCUGCGAGCUCUGCGGGGAGCUCUUCACCUCCCAGGCCCAGCUCGAUGGUCACUUGGAAUCUGAACACCCAAAGGUGACGGGCUCUGAACCCCAAGCAGCAGCCUCACGGGUGGUACAGGUGAUCCAAACCCCGGAGCCGGCGGCCCCGACAGAGCAGAUGAUCACUUUGGAGGAGACCCAGCUUGCGGGGUCACAGGUGUUUGUGACAUUGCCAGAUUCACAGACGUCUCAGACCAGCUCUGAGCUUGUGGCAGUGACCGUGGAGGAUUUGCUAGAUGGUACUGUGACCCUGAUCUGUGGCGAGGCCAAGUGAGUGGCCACUCACCCCAUGGAGGGUCCUGCAUUUGCAGCAGAGAGAACAUUCGGCGGCUUGCUGUUUGCCCUUCGUCCCUGGCUGUCCUGAGUAGCGAGCAUCGUAGCCUAGCCAACCAGAACACUCUCACUUUGUGCUCAUAGAACCAGCAGUGUUGACGGCCUUGGCAUGGACACUACUGCCCUCCACAGGGGACGGGCCUACUGCUGUGGCCUCUGUGAUGAGCAGUGGGAUAGGAGCUGGGGACUGGGGCCCCGGAGAGGUGCUGCAUGCCGGUGGCCUUCACUGUGCAGAGUGGCAGGUAGAGGCGGGCGUGCAGCCCACAGACUGGCUACCAAUGCUGCCGGGACCUCCUGGCCGUUCAGAAAUGAGAGAAAAGCACCAACGCGCCAUCCAGAGACGCCCGACCGGAGCACACCUGGCUCCUUCCUCACUCUGUCGUCAUCCCUUCCGCUUGGAUGGCCCAGCCCUCUCCUGGUGGCAGGAGGACAGGGAGCAGCAUGUUAACACAAGCCGAGUCCCACCUCCUCGGUACAGUGAGCCCUUCCCCAAACUGAGCCUUGCAGGGUUUCUGCGGCACGUGCUCCGUGUGGGGCCGUCCAUCUGCAGAGACAAUCCCUGUCCUUCCAGGAUCUUCUCCGGGGUGUUCUGUACCCAAGGGCUGUCCCCGCAGCCUUCCAUGUUCUCCUCAAAGCUGAGACUAUCUGCGUGGCCUAGAAGGCCUGGCCCUCGCUCUGGAGCCCGUGGUAUGGCUAACGAUCCAGCGCCGGGGGCCGGGGCGCCCUGGCUCCUCCUCCCACCACGUUCUCCCUGCCCCGUGAGUGGCCUGCUGUCGACUCGUCCAGGCGGCGGCCGUUCCUGCAGGGGAGUGAUCCUUUGGAGUCUGAAUUUCACAAAGCUUUUUUAUCUUCAGUUCCUAAAAUAUAAUCUGAUAAUUAAUGGUUUGCGGAAUCCAUUAUGAAGUGCAAUUAGAUGGAUGUAGGUUCCCGCCAUUCGGAGGGAAUGACUAGCAUUUAUCUUCCUUUCCUCGAAGCCAGAAGGUCGAAGUCUGCUGGUGCAGUGUUUACACACCGGGCAGGGCUGCCUGGCACGGCGCGCGGCUCCGCCCCCAGCAGAGGCGCUGUGCAGUCUCAUCGCUCACCCCCCGGCUACAGGUUGGCAGAGGACGAGCCUGCACCUUCUUUCCAAGCACAUUUCAUGUCUCCAGGUACAAGCAGGGGCUAGGGGUCAAUCUGGGACACGGUCGGGACUCGGGCUGCCUCUUCACGCUGCUGGUGGGACGGAAGGCAGAGCCCUGCCCCUGCCCGCCGUGGCCACUGUGGCCUCCUGGCUGUGCACCGGCGGUGAGUUCCAGCGCCGGCCUCCAGGUGGGUCCUUAUUUUGAUCUGCAAGUCGCUUGAGCUUGUCAGCUCAGGGAUCUUCCCAUUCUGGGGGAAACGAAGUUUUCAAAGGCAAGUCCUCAAAAGCCAAAACCUGACCAGAAGAUGGUGCUCAAACCUUGAAGACGUGGCCUCCACGUGAAGCCCUCAAGGCUCCUGCCACGGCUGGCUCUUCUUCGGGUGGUGCAGUCCUGGGAGCUGUCAGGCCUGAAGAGCACUUGAUCUGCAAGUGGCAGAAUGGCACUGAAUCUCCCCUGGCACCAGAUAAAACCCUCUGAAAGGGACCGGAGCGGCCCCGCCCAACGGCAAGGAUGCUGCCCCACGGCGGUGGUGGGGGAUUGCGGCGGCGUUGGAAUUCCUUCCAGCCGGAAAACAAAUAAAAACUUAAUUGCUAAGA